AUGGGUGAUGAUUAUGAUGAUUUUUCAAAUAGACACGCGAACGCAGAAAUUGUUGGAAGUGCACCGGUUGGUAAUAGUAAAUGGUCUGCUCUGGGUAAUAGGAAAUGGUCUGCUCUGAAAAGGAAAAAAAUUAAUAUAGAAAGCUCACAUUCUAAAGAGUUUGCAAGUGAUGAAUUUAAAACCGCCUCUAAGAACCUGUCUUUAGAUAAUUUAAUGCCUCACAAUUUUAAUCACAAUGAAAACAUGCUUAGUAUUGAGAAAAGCAACGAAUCUUUUAAAUUUGGUGCGAUGGUUUCGAAUGGUAAUUCUGUGCCUCUCUUGUCACCAAGAACCAGUUUGUUAACAAUGGCUUUCAACGCAAAAUCACAAAAUGCGCAAGCUACAAAGGUGGAUUCGUAUUUUGAUGUAUCUACUAUUAAUUCAUCACACACAUGUGCAAAUGAUGAAAAUAUACCAUUUUCAGAAUCUUCAGAAGCAAGUUCAAAAUCUCCACUAUCCAAAAGUCUUGAAAAUAACUUACCUCAAAUAAAUCAUAAUUCUUUUACGCCGAAAUUUUCGUCACCAUUAGCGAUUAGUACGCCAAUUACGGCGUCAAGUGAUGAUCAUGAUGUCAUACAAAAUGCUAAGAAUGCCAAGAAUGAUGUUAAUGUCGAAGAAUUCACAAAUUUAGGAUCUGAAAAUAUUCGUGAUGAACAAAAAAAUGUUAAUAAUCAAAAUGCUUAUAAUCGACAAACGUCUCCUGAGAUUACAAACCCGUCUUUGCCUCCAAUUAAAGAGGAAUUAUCCAAAUCUCACCAGAAUUCAUUACAUCCUGUCGUCAAAAACACCGUUCUUGAUUCGCCUAUUUGUGUAAAAUCUACGCAUUCGCGUGAACCUUCAAAUUCAUUGCAAAAUUUAUUUAUAAAUCCAGCUGCUGAGUUAAGUAGUGAAAAUAUAUCAGAGAAGACAAAAGUCAUGGAUCAAACGAGCGAUAAUUGUUCUUACGAUGAUAUUAAUCAAAGAGAAACUAUUUUGUCUGGCAAAUUUAGUUUAGCAGUAAAGAAAAGUUGGAAUAAUGAAUUUAUUGAGGCAGAAGAAAUAUUGAUGAGACGUAAAGAUGGAAUUCCAAGAUGGAGCGUUGCUUUUGCUGAAGUGCAAUUAGUUAAACAUCUAAUGACCGGGCAAGCUGCAGAGUAUCAGGAUCCAGAGUUAACAAAUUCACUAAGCGAGGCCGAAAAGUUAGCUAACAAGGAAACAACACUUGCUAUGUUCAUAAAAGAUGUUUGGAAAACUGAUAUAAAGCCAGCAAAUACACCUAGCGAAGAUGAAGCCGAAUUGGCUUCUCUUCGUUUAAAUUAUAGAUGGGAUUGCGAGUUGGCGAUGGCUGAUAUUCUACUUUUCCGGUCUGUUUUGCAAGUUAUUGGAGGUAACGAGAUUAAAGGAGCAUUAAAUUUACAUAGAGCAUGGAAACUUUAUUCCAAAGUUAAAGAUGAAGUUGAUCGAAUUAAAGGCGAAUUAAAUAAAAAUACGCAUAAAAAGGAACCUAAUAGUUCAAAUAAUAAUAAUGGUAAUCUAUGGGGUUUUAUGGGAAUAUCCAAUAUGGUUAAAUUCGGUGUCCCUACACAGGAGAAAUCAGGUGUACAUGACACUGUCAACUCAAUAAAAGUCGAUCCUGAUAUUGAGGAUUGUCUCGA